GAAGAGAGAGACAAACUACUGGAAGAGAGAGACAAACUACUAAAGGAUAGAGACCUUCAACUAGAGGACAGGAACCACAGACUGGGAGAGAAGGACAGACUACUGGAAGAGAGAGACAAACUACUGGAAGAGAGAGACAAACUACUGGAGGGAAAAUACCUUCAACUAGAGGACAGGAACUAUAGACUGGGAGAGAAGGACAAACUACUGGAAGAGAGAGACAAACUACUGGAAGAGAGAGACAAACUACUGGAAGAGAGAGACAAACUACUGGAAGAGAGAGACAAACUACUGGAAGAGAGAGACAAACAUCUGGAAGAGAUAGACAAAGUACUGAAGGGAAAAGAAAAUGAACUUAAAGAGAGGAGACAGGAAGUAGAAGAGAGGAGACAGGAAGUAGAAGAGAAAGACAACCUACUAGAGGAGAGAGAGAACCAGUUAAAGGAAAGAGACAAACAGAUGGAGGAUGUCAACAAUGAAAAUGCUGAACUGGCUCAACAGAUAUGUGAUGUGAAGACUGAGGUAGAGAGACUGAGAAGAGAGAUCUCAGCCCAGAUGACUGAACAUGGAGAGACGUCAGAUACAGGUUCCAUCCUCCCAGUCAGGAGGAGACACAGCAUGGAGUUUCCUCUAAACAUGGGAGGAGAGACCUCAGAUACAGACCCCACACUUCCACUGAGGAGGACAAACAGCAUGGAGUUACCUCCUCCACAUAUGGGAGGAGAGAGCAGCAGUCCAGACUCCCCAGUGUCUCCCAGUGUGUCUGAGCUGAGACUGGUGCUGCUGGGGAGGACUGGGGCUGGAAGGGGUGCAGCAGGAAACACCAUCCUGGGCAGAGAGGAGUUUGGGGCCCAGGCCAGCCCCUCUGCAGUGACCCAGAGGAGUAAGAGGAGAGAGGGGGACGUGUGUGGGAGACGGCUGGUGCUGGUGGACACUCCAGACUGGUUCUGUCCUGGACUCUCUCUGGAGGAGAUGAGACAGGAUGUGGGGCUCUGUGUCCGUCUGUCUGCCCCAGGACCCCACGCCUUCCUCCUGGUCAUACCAGUGGAGCCCUCUAAGGGGGAGGAGAGAGGGGUGCUGGGGAGAAUGGAGAUGUUUGGGGAGGGUUGUUGGGAACACACUGUGAUUCUAUUCACCCAUGAUGAUGGACUGAAAGAGCAGAGCAUUGAGGAGUUUCUCCAAGCAGGAAGUCGGGACCUCCAGCAGCUUGUAGAGAAAAGUGGGAGCAGGUACCACGUCCUCAACAUUAAGGACAGGGCCCAUGGCACUCAGGUAUCAGAGCUGCUGGAUCAGGUAGAGGAGAUGGUGGCAGGAAACAGAGAGAGAUUCUACAGCAGUCAGACCUACAAGGAGGCAGAGGACCAGGUUAGAGAGAUGGCGGGAAACAUCCAGAGAGAGAGAGGAGAGAAGAAACAGAGGGAGGAGAGAGACUUGAGAGAGAGGCUUCAGAAGGAGUUGCAGGACUCUCUGAUAAAGAUAGAGGGAGUGAUCCAGGAACAUGAGGGAGAUAUCAGAACACUCAGUGAAAGAACCAGUGAACUGGAGAGACAGGUGAAAGAAGAGAGGGAUGAGGAGAAGAAAAGAGAGCUGGAGAGGGAGCUGAAGAGGGAGUCUGAUAGGAGGGAGGAGAUGGAGAGAAAGCUGGAGAGAUUUAGAGAGAAGAGAGAGAAUGAGAGGAGGGAGAUGGAGGAGAGACACAGACAGGAGAUGGAGAACUAUGAAGGAGAAGCCAGAGUUGAAGCAGAGAGAAACCUGAUGAAGAUAGUCCUGCCUGAGUUACAGAGGAACAUCAUGAUCUCACAGACAAAGAUGCAGAGGAAGUUCAGCAGACAGAUGGAGGAGAAGAAUAGACAGAUGAAGGAGAAGAAUAGACAGAUGAAGGAGAAGGAUAGAGCGAUGGAGGAGAAGGAUAGAGCGAUGGAGGAGAAGGAUAGAGAGAUGGAGGAGAAGGAUAGAGUGAUUGUGGAAAGGGAUGGAGAUAUAGAGGGACUGAUAGAAAGACUGAGGGAAAUGUGUAAAUGAGUUAUUGUAACUAGCCUGAAGAAGUGCUGGGAUACAUGGAGAGGUAGAAGAAGAGAGAGGGAGAACUGAUGAAGAUCUGAGGAAUGUUUGGGCAGAUGGAACCUAGUUCACCAUUUCACUGAAUUGGCCUGACAACGAGGUUAGAGAUGAGAUGACUUUUUCAUGGAGGGAUUGGAGAAGCUAGAGAUAAUAACAUGAUAUUUAUCUGACAAUGUAAGAACAACCUGAUAGUCUGUCCUGUGAUGAGUGUCAUGGUGGGAUAACAGGUCAGAAUACUGAUCCUGUCUAGAACAACCUGAUAGUCUGUCCUGUGAUGAGUGUCAUGGUGAGAUAACAGGUCAGAAUACUGAUCCUGUCUAGAACAACCUGAUAGUCUGUCCUGUGAUGAGUGUCAUGGUGGGAUAACAGGUCAGAAUACUGAUCCUGUCUAGAACAACCUGAUAGUCUGUCCUGUGAUGAGUGUCAUGGUGGGAUAACAGGUCAGAAUACUGAUCCUGUCUAGAACAACCUGAUAGUCUGUCCUGUGAUGAGUGUCAUGGUGGGAAAACAGGUCAGAAUACUGAUCCUGUCUAGAACAACCUGAUAGUCUGUCCUGUGAUGAGUGUCAUGGUGGGAGAACAGGUCAGAAUACUGAUCCUGUCUAGGUCAAAAUCUGUACUUCUGCCCCCGAGCAAGGCAGUUAACCGAAUGAUCUCCGGGCGCCGAAGACGCGGAUGUCGAUUGCCCCCCAACCCCUUCUAGGGAGGGAGGGAGGGAGGUCUGUAAAGAUAUUGAUGAGAUUUAACACAGAAUUCCAAACCAACGUAGAUUAUUGACCUUUGCACUGCAGCCUUUUAGAAUGGAGAGGGUUGAGGGGGGUCACGAGGUCAGCGGGCGGAGUCAGAGACUGAGAACUCUAAAGAUCUGAGUGAGACUUUUACUCAGUGUUUGAGGAGGUCUACUAUUGAACAGAGAACCAUACUGUAUUUACCACACUCUACUUCCUAUUCAAAUUGUUUCAUGUUGAAACUUUAUGUAGCCUCCGUGAUGGCCGGAUCCGUUGUCUGGGCGGGGGUCACAACCUACACUGGAGGUUUUGCGUCCGGAGUCCGCACCUUUGGGGGGGAUACUGUCAUGCCCUGACCAUAGAGAGCCCAUGUUUCUCUAUGGUGUAGUAGGUCAGGGUGUGACUAGGAGGUAUUCUAGUUUAAAAUGUCUAUGUUGUGUUCUAGUUUAUAUAUUCUAUUUUGAUGUUUUGUAUGGUUCCCAAUUAGAGACAGCUGGUAAUCAUUGUCGCUAAUUGGGGAUCAUGUUUAAAUAACUGUUUUUCUGUUUGUCCUGUCUAGGGUUUUUGUCCUGUCUAGGGUUUUUGUACUGUCUAGGGUUUUUGUCCUGUCUAGGGUUUUUGUCCUGUCUAGGGUCUAGGGUUUUUGUACUGUCUAGGGUUUUUGUCCUGUCUAGGGUUUUUGUCCUGUCUAGGGUUUUUGUCCUGUCUAGGGUUUUUGUCCUGUCUAGGGUUUUUGUACUGUCUAGGGUUUCUAGAGUUUUUGUCCUGUCUAGGGUUUUUGUCCUGUCUGGGGUUUUUGUCCUGUCUAGGGUUUUUGUACUGUCUAGGGUUUCUAGGGUUUUUGUCCUGUCUAGGGUUUUUGUCCUGUCUAGGGGUUUUUGUCCUGUCUAGGGUUUUUGUAUGUUUAUGGGGUUGUGUACUAGUCUAGGUGUUUUGUAUGUCUAUGGUUGCCUAGAAUGGUUCUCAAUUAGAGGCAGCUGUUUAUCGUUGUCUCUGACUGGGAACCAUAUUUAGGAAGCCAUAUUCCGUGGGUAAUCUGUGGGUGAUUGUCUAUGUGAUGUUGCAUGUUUGCACUCAGUGUUGUUAGUGGUCAUGUUGUUGGUUUGUUUAGUGUACUUCGUGUUCAUUCAUCUUACAUUAAAAAUAUAUCUUCACAUCACGCUGUGCUUUGGUCUCCUCACUACGAUGAUGGUGACAACAGACCAGACUCCACAUGGUUUCUAACCCCAGACUCUGAAGUGAUUGUACAGACAUGUGGAAUAUAAAUGAGGUCAUUGAGACCGAGACUAAAAGUCAACAUUGUCACUA